GGUAGUUGAUAUAGGCGGCGUUCGGCUGCCUUCGGCUGGAAGCAGCGGCUCGCAGCUGGGCGGCUGCUAGCUGCUUGUGGCUGGAAACCAGCCGCAACCAGGCGCAAGGAGGCCAGCCGAACACGGUUAUAGAGUAAAGAUAUAGAGGAUGAAUGAGCGCGGUGAAACUGGGUAUAGAAGAGAGAAUCUCGAUGACUAAACAGAAAUAUUUAUUUUAGAGGAUGAAUUUAGAGUACUACAAGUGCGGAUAUGCUAAGGCAAGGGGUGAUCUAUAAAAAAAAUACAACAGUGGACUCGGUGUGGUGGCCGUCGCCGUCGCGAAUACAAAAGACGGGGCCUUUGUCCUUCCCCAUCUCCCCGUUCCUUGCCCACCUCCGAGCUCCCAAGCCGAAGCAGGGGCAGCAGCGGCGGCGAGCAGGAGGCGAGGCAGUGGAGUCUCUUUCUCUUGCGCGCUCCCCGUGCCGGAAGCACGCGUCAGCCCUCUUCAUCUCACCUGCGGGAAACGCCGGCGCCGGAGCCGGAGCCGUCGGCAUUCUACUUCAUUGCGCUGCCAUCAUUGUCUGAAGAAAAUGGUAGCGGCAGCCUUUACAGUGGAUUUAGACAAGCCUCUUGUAUUCCAGGUUGGCCAUCUAGAGGAGCAGUAUCAGGAAUGGGUUCACCAGCCGGUUGUUAGCAAGGAAGGGCCACGAUUUUUUGAAAAUGGUGUAUUGGAGUUCUUGACACGCACGAAAUGGUGGGCAGUUCCUCUUAUCUGGUUGCCUGUCGUCUGUUGGUGCCUGAGUACUUCUAUCCAGAUGGGCCGUACAAUUACAGAAAUAGCUAUGAUGGUUGUGUUUGGAAUAUUUCUGUGGACACUGAUCGAAUAUGUGUUGCACCGAUUCUUGUUCCACAUAAAAACUAAAAGUUACUGGGCAAACACAACACAUUAUCUUCUUCACGGUUGCCAUCACAAGCAUCCUAUGGAUGGACUUCGACUUGUCUUUCCACCAGCAGCAGCAGCUAUUUUGUGCUUUCCGUUCUGGAACCUGAUCAAGCUAUUUUCAACUCCGUCCACCACUCCUGGCUUGUUUGGAGGUGGCCUGUUGGGUUAUGUGAUCUAUGAUUGCACACACUACUACUUGCAUCAUGGUCAGCCAUCAUCAGAUCCUGCAAAAUAUCUCAAGAAAUACCAUCUGAACCAUCACUUUAGAAUUCAAACCAAGGGCUUUGGAAUAACUUCCACCCUGUGGGAUCAUGUAUUUGGCACAUUGCCUUCAACAAAAGCUGCUGUCAAGAGCACUUGAUUUCAACUGAAUCUUCUGCCUUGCGAAGCCCAAUACUGAGAUUUUCAUUGAUCAGUGGUGGAUCUAUUGGAUGAGUUACUAAUAAUCAGUUUCUGAAUCUUCUCUUCCUACCAACUGCGGAUCUAAUCACCAGUUGCAGGCUCGCAGACAUCACUGAAAUUUUUCUCUGGUGCUUGCUCCCUCCAAGAACAAUUUCAUUUCAAGUUCAGGUCAUUAGUGAUCAUUCAGAUUGUCUGUAAUGUCUAUUGUUAGAGUACCAUGUAUGUACAGAGUUUUCUAGUAUAGCCCCUGCAAGUGCUUUUGGUAGCCACAGAUAUAUAUCUACAUAAUUUUGAGACAAGUAAUUUCUUAACAGAUUGAACUUUUCAUAGUGCAACAAACUUGAGUUUUGUCUGUGCAAUGAACUUGAGUUCUGUGCUUUGCACUCUA